CUCACUAUAUUUUGACUUCACCAAGAUGGUAGCCUUCAACAUGUUAUGGAAACUCUGUUUAGUGGUGGCAUUUGGGCUUUCUGCCACGGCCACUUCAACUGAUGUAGACCAGGAGCAACCCAAGAAGGAAUCCUUCGUCAGCAGAUUCUUUGGUAAGAAAGAGGAAGCUAAGACUCAACCUGUGGAAGUACAGCAAGAAGAGAUUACCAAGGCACAAGAAAACACUGACGCAGAAGAGCCACCCAAGUUUUCUGUUGAAUGGUAUCUGUUACCCAAGCCCAUAAACAGAGCGACUCUUCGUGAUAAGCUGCCAUGGAUUAUUCAAAACACUAUACCAAGGGACUGUAAUCAACCAAUAGCAUCAAAAUCAGAAGAACUAAUCAGGGAGUAUAUCCCACGGACUUACAUUAGAUGGUAUUUGUUACCGGAGCCGGAAAGCAGAACUGCCUUACGUUAUUCGAUACCCAAGGAUUUGGCUAACGAAGUACCGGAGGACUAUAAUGAACCCAUAAAGCCUGAAGUUGUCAAACGUAUUAAAAAGUUCUUCUCAUUGAGUAUAAACAAGCAGAAGGCAUUGCUUCAGUCAUGAUAUCAUUGUUCAUUAUAAAUCACAAGUCUU